AUUUGACAGAUGUUUUUGUCGUUGUUGUAACAAAUGUCAGUCUUUACUGUCACUUUUGAUCGAUUUAAUGCAUCCUUGCUGAAUAAAAAUAUGAAUUCCUUUUUUUUUUCUUUUAAAAUCUUUCUGACCCCAAACUUUUGAAUAUGUUACAAUCAAGUGUCAAAAGCAUGACAACUGCUGUAUUUUGUGUCAAACAAGUAUUAAGUGUUCAUUCAACAAUCAUUCAGAGAAAUCAGAAUGUAGCUUUUUGGCAAAUACACUGACGUUAUGAUUUUGGGGGAUAUUUAAAUAACAUUUACAGAUGUUAACAAGUGACUAUUAUAUAUAUAUAUAAAAAAACAGGAAGUCUCUUGAUAACAUCACAACAUUUAUUCUAAAGUUUAUUGUCCCUGGCAAAGACUAGGUAAAGCCAAAAGGGUGUUAUUUGAGAGUUUUGCAUGUGUUUUAGAUUUAUCCAAUGAGCUAAACAUCCCUCCCAUUACAACUCACGAUGUAGAGAGAGAAUUUGAGUAACAAAGUAGUUUGAAUGCUCCAUAACCUCAAAGCCAGGUGUGUGUAUAAAUCUCCUGCGUGUACACUAGGAAUUUACAAAAGGGACAAAAGCAGACUCCCUCCUAUUCAACAGAAUAAAACAUUCAAACUCAAGCUAUUUGCUGGAGGAUUCCUGACAAUCCCGUCACUUCACUUCUCAGAUACAUAACUCUGAAUUCAUCACGAUGGAUGAGCUGGAUGAGGUUCAGCUGAAGAACCAUGUGGACAGUCUGAAGCAGCAGCUACAGUUUAAAAGAGAGAAAACAUCUGUCUCUCUUCCAGAGUUAACUAAAUGGAUGGAAGAGAAAAUGAAUGAGGAUCCAUUUCUGAAUCCAGAUGUACUGAAGGACAACCCGUGGGUGGAGUCAAGCAAAUGUGUAAUAAUAUAGAGCUGUCAAUCAUCACUAUGGCAACAGGAGUGACUCCACCCAUUGUCAUGGUUACACUGCCUGACUUUGACUAGGAUGGACAGAGAUGCAAAUGAAUUGAUUCUGAGUAAAUCUGCUUUGUUGUUUACUCUUAUCAGGCCAUGACAUUAUAAAAAGAAAGAAAAAAACUGCUGUUACUCAGUGAAAACAUGUAUUUAUAAAAGUGUAAGACAACUAUACAAGAAUACAAUAAAAAGAAACAAAGAGGAA